AGUGCCCAGUGAAGAAUGUGAUGGGAUCAGUAGCAUGUCUGCGGAGAGCGGCCCUGGGACGAGAUUAAGAAAUCUGCCAGUAAUGGGGGAUGGACUAGAAACUACCCAAAUGUCUACAACGCAGGCCCAGGCCCAACCCCAGCAAGCCAACGCAGCCAGCACCAACCCCCCGCCCCCGGAGACCUCCAACCCCAACAAGCCCAAGAGGCAGACGAACCAACUGCAAUAUCUGCUCAAAGUGGUGCUCAAGACACUAUGGAAACACCAGUUUGCGUGGCCUUUCCAGCAGCCUGUGGACGCCGUCAAGCUAAACCUCCCUGAUUACUAUAAAAUCAUUAAAACACCUAUGGAUAUGGGAACAAUAAAGAAGCGCUUGGAAAACAACUAUUACUGGAAUGCUCAGGAAUGUAUCCAGGACUUCAACACUAUGUUUACAAAUUGUUACAUCUACAACAAGCCUGGAGAUGACAUAGUCUUAAUGGCAGAAGCUCUGGAGAAGCUCUUCUUGCAGAAAAUCAAUGAACUGCCCACUGAAGAAACGGAGAUCAUGAUAGUCCAGGCAAAAGGAAGAGGACGUGGGAGGAAAGAAGCAGGGACGGCAAAACCUGGUGUCUCUACGGUACCAAACACAACGCAAGCAUCGACUCCUCCGCAGACCCAGACCCCUCAGCAGAACCCUCCACCUGUGCAGGCCACACCUCACCCCUUCCCUGCAGUCACCCCCGACCUCAUCGUCCAGACCCCCGUCAUGACAGUGGUGCCUCCCCAGCCACUGCAGACGCCCCCACCGGUGCCCCCUCAGCCACCACCCCCACCCGCACCAAACCCCCAGCCUGUGCAGAGCCAUCCGCCCAUCAUCGCAGCCACCCCACAGCCUGUGAAGACAAAGAAGGGAGUUAAGAGGAAAGCGGAUACCACCACCCCCACCACCAUCGACCCCAUUCAUGAACCACCAUCACUACCCCCGGAGCCUAAGACCACCAAGCUGGGCCCCCGGCGGGAGAGUAGCCGGCCUGUGAAGCCUCCCAAAAAGGAUGUGCCCGACUCGCAGCAGCACCCAGUGCCAGAUAAGAGCAGCAAGGUCUCAGAGCAGCUUAAGUGCUGCAGUGGCAUCCUCAAGGAGAUGUUUGCCAAGAAACACGCAGCCUAUGCCUGGCCGUUCUACAAGCCCGUGGAUGUAGAGGCGCUGGGUCUGCAUGACUACUGUGACAUCAUCAAGCACCCCAUGGACAUGAGCACAAUCAAGUCUAAACUGGAGGCCCGUGAAUACCGUGAUGCUCAGGAAUUUGGUGCUGAUGUCCGAUUGAUGUUCUCCAACUGCUACAAGUACAACCCUCCCGACCAUGAGGUGGUGGCCAUGGCCCGCAAGCUCCAGGAUGUGUUUGAGAUGCGCUUUGCCAAGAUGCCAGAUGAGCCAGAGGAGCCUGUGGUGGCUGUGUCCUCCCCGGCGGUGCCACCCCCCACCAAAGUGGUGGCCCCACCCUCAUCCAGCGACAGCAGCAGUGAUAGCUCCUCAGACAGUGACAGCUCCACUGAUGACUCUGAAGAGGAACGAGCCCAACGGCUGGCAGAGCUCCAGGAGCAGCUCAAAGCCGUGCACGAGCAGCUUGCAGCCCUCUCCCAGCCCCAGCAGAACAAACCAAAGAAAAAGGAGAAAGACAAAAAAGAAAAGAAAAAAGAAAAGCACAAAAAGAAGGAGGAGGUGGAGGAGAAUAAGAAGAGCAAAGCCAAGGAACUUCCUCCCAAAAAGACCAAGAAAAAUAACAGCAGCAACAGCAAUGCGAGCAAGAAGGAGCCAGCGCCCAUGAAGAGCAAGCCCCCUCCUGCAUAUGAGUCAGAGGAGGAGGACAAGUGCAAGCCCAUGUCAUAUGAGGAGAAGCGGCAGCUCAGCCUGGACAUCAACAAGCUCCCUGGCGAGAAGCUGGGCCGUGUGGUGCACAUUAUCCAGUCUCGGGAGCCCUCCCUCAAGAAUUCCAAUCCUGAUGAGAUCGAGAUCGACUUUGAGACUCUAAAGCCGUCCACCCUGCGAGAACUGGAGCGCUAUGUAACCUCUUGUUUGCGGAAGAAAAGGAAACCUCAAGCUGAGAAAGUUGACGUGAUUGCUGGCUCCUCAAAGAUGAAGGGCUUCUCGUCUUCAGAGUCGGAGAGCACCAGCGAGUCCAGCUCCUCUGACAGCGAAGACUCUGAAACAGAGAUGGCUCCGAAGUCAAAAAAGAAGGGGCACCCCGGGAGGGAGCAGAAGAAGCACCAUCACCACCAUCAUCAGCAGAUGCAGCAGGCCCCGGCCCCCGUGCCCCAGCAGCCCCCGCCGCCUCCCCAGCAGCCCCCGCCGCCUCCACCUCCACAGCAGCAGCAGCAGCAGCAGGCCCCGCCCCCGCCGCCCCCGCCUUCCAUACCACCACAGGCAGCCCCCACGAUGAAGUCCUCGCCUCCGCCCUUCAUCGCCGCCCAGGUGCCCGUCCUGGAGCCCCAGCUCCCAGGCAGCGUCUUCGACCCCAUCGGCCACUUCACCCAGCCCAUCCUGCACCUGCCGCAGCCUGAGCUGCCCCCCCACCUGCCCCAGCCGCCCGAGCACAGCACUCCACCUCAUCUCAACCAGCACUCGGUGGUCUCUCCUCCAGCUUUGCACAACGCGCUGCCCCAGCAGCCAUCGCGGCCCAGCAACCGAGCCGCCGCCCUGCCCCCCAAGCCCGCCCGGCCCCCGGCCGUGUCACCUGCCCUGGCCCAGCCACCCCUUCUUCCACAGCCCCCCAUGGCUCAGCCCCCCCAAGUGCUAUUGCAGGAGGACGAAGAGCCACCCGCCCCGCCCCUCACCUCUAUGCAGAUGCAGCUCUACCUGCAGCAGCUGCAGAAGGUGCAGCCCCCCACACCACUACUCCCUUCCGUGAAGGUGCAGUCCCAGCCCCCGCCCCCUCUGCCCCCCCCACCUCACCCCUCUGUGCAGCAGCAGCUACAGCAACAGCCACCGCCGCCACCCCCCCAGCCACAGCCGCCACCCCAGCAGCAGCACCAGCCCCCGCCACGGCCUGUGCACAUGCAGCCCAUGCAGUUCCCUACCCACAUCCAGCAGCCCCCGCCGCCCCCGGGCCAGCAGCCCCCGCACCCGCCCCCGGGCCAGCAGCCGCCGCCGCCACAGCCCGCCAAGCCUCAGCAGGUCAUCCAGCAUCACCCUUCACCCCGGCACCACAAGUCGGACCCCUAUUCUACCGGUCACCUCCGAGAAGCCCCCUCCCCGCUUAUGAUACAUUCCCCCCAGAUGCCACCGUUCCAGAGCCUGACUCACCAGUCGCCACCCCAGCAAAAUGUUCAGCCUAAGAAGCAGGAGAUGCGUGCGGCCUCCGUGGUCCAGCCCCAGCCCCUGGUGGUGGUGAAGGAGGAGAAGAUCCACUCACCCAUCAUUCGCAGCGAGCCUUUCAGCCCCUCACUGCGGCCAGAGCCCCCUAAACACCCAGAGAGCAUCAAGGCGCCUGUUCACCUGCCCCAACGGCCCGAGAUGAAGCCUGUGGACGUCGGGAGGCCUGUGAUCAGGCCCCCUGAGCAGAACGCACCCCCACCAGGGGCCCCUGACAAGGACAAACAGAAACAGGAGCCGAAGACACCAGUUGCACCAAAAAAGGACUUGAAAAUCAAGAACAUGGGCUCCUGGGCUAGCUUGGUGCAGAAGCAUCCCACCACCCCGUCCUCCACAGCCAAGUCCUCGAGUGACAGCUUCGAGCAGUUCCGCCGCGCUGCCAGGGAGAAGGAGGAGCGCGAGAAGGCCCUGAAGGCACAGGCCGAGCACGCAGAGAAGGAGAAGGAGCGGCUUCGGCAGGAGCGCAUGAGGAGCCGAGAGGAUGAGGAUGCGCUGGAGCAGGCCCGGCGAGCCCAUGAGGAGGCACGCCGGCGCCAGGAACAGCAGCAGCAGCAGCGGCAGGAGCAGCAGCAGCAGCAGCAGCAGCAGGCCGCCGCUGUGGCCGCCGCCGCAGCCCCCCAGGCCCAGAGCUCCCAGCCCCAGUCCAUGCUGGACCAGCAGAGGGAGUUGGCCCGAAAGCGGGAGCAGGAGCGAAGGCGCCGGGAAGCGAUGGCAGCUACCAUUGACAUGAAUUUCCAGAGUGAUCUAUUGUCAAUAUUUGAAGAAAAUCUUUUCUGAGAGCACCUAGGUGACUUCUGACUUUGAUUUUCUGGCAAAACAUGGACUCUCCAUAGUGUUAGGGGCGGCAGUGGAGGUGGUAGCAGCGGCAAGGGGGUGUCUCCGGGCCUGGCCCUCCUGCAUGCUAUGCCCGGGGCAGGCCUGACGGGCAGCUGAGGAUCGCAGAGCCUGUCUGCCUUACAGCCAGCCGGACGUCCCGCCACCCACCACCCCCUCACAGGACGUCAGCUCACAGCACGCCUCUCCACAAGCAAGUGCCGGCCAGACCCAAGCCGUGUGUCCCCGCGUGCGGGGCAGAGGCCCUGCUCUCCGCCAAAUGUCUACACAGUAUACACAGGACAUUGUUGCUGCCGCCACCGUGACUGGUUUUCUGUCCCCGAGAACGUGACGUUCGUGACAUCCUGCCCACCAGGAGUCCUUCCCCCACACCCCAGCCACCACCGCCCGCUCCCAGGAGGCCAGGGCAGGCCCGAGCGAGCUGGAGGCGGGCGAGGGCGUCGGCCCACCCCCUUGCUGGCACUGACUUUGCCUUGAACAGACCCCACCCCUUCCCUCCCCCCACAAGCCUUUAAUCGAGAGCCGCUCUCUGUAAGUGUUCGCUUGUGCAAAAGGGAAUAGUGCCGUGGAGGUGUGUGUGUGUCCAUGGCAAUUUGGAGCGAGGUGACUGUCACACGCGCGUGUGUGGGCCGGCCUCGCCCAGUGAGUGAGGCCACCAACCAAAGUCAGUUCCUUCCCACCUGUGUUUCUGGGUUUUGUUUUGUUUUUGUUUUUUUUUUUUUGUUUUGUUUUUUGUUUUGUUUUGUUUUUUUUUUUCUAUAUAUAUAUAUUUUUUUGUUGGAUUCUAUUUUAUUUUUAAUUCUCUCUUCUCCUCCAGACACAAUGGCACUGCUUAUCUCCGAAAUGGUGUGAUCGUCUCCUCAUUGAGCAGCGGCUGCCACCGCGCUGUGGGUAGUGUGUGACCGUGGCUGUACUGUGUAGUGAACAUAGUUGGCAUAUCUUUGUUUGAAGUUUGUUGGUGACUCCACCAAACUGGUGUAAAAAAUUUCAAAAAAAAAAAAAAAAAAAACCCACAAAAAACAAAACAAAACACACAAAACACACACAAAAAAAACCCUGCCUAUAUUUUACUCAGUUUCAAACUUUAUUAGUCUGUUUUUAAUUAUAAAGCCAUGUUUUCUUUUCCCUCCCCCCCCCCUUGUUUGUUUUUAAUGUCAAAUCUGUUUGAGUUGCUUUUUUACCAGGAAAGGAAGGGCCAGGGCAUGAGGCGGGCUCCGGGGGCUGGGGAGCCACAGACUACCGAGGUAGAGGCUCCCCACCCAGCCCGACCAGCCGGCUGCCCCUUCCCCCACUUUUUUUUUUUUUUUUUUAAAUUUUAUAAUUGGAGCCCUUGGUGAGAUUACGUGUGCCAUGAGAACCCACUCUACACCACGACGCUGGUGCCUCAGUGUUGGCCAAACUCUGGAGUCACUGACUGGUUUGACUUUCAUACGGUGAAUAUGCAUUUGGUCUGUACUGAUCAUGGAAUAAACACAUCUCUCUUUUUUAAUGCUGGCGUCUUCCUGACAUUUCUUUUUGAACCACCUGUUGCCUAGGCUAGGCCCAGGGCCCCCCCCCCCGCCCCCCGGAUUCCCAACCACCUUUGUACAAGAGUUACCAUAGAGUUACCAUCAGGGGCCACCUAGGCCAGCUCCUGUGACCAAGCUGAAGCUGUGACAGGGAGCCCAGGUACCCAUUCUUCCUGUGGACCCUGGCCUUCUAGGUGGGUAACGUGCUCCAGCAGAACCUGGUCAAACUCCAGACAGUAUUCUUCCCCUUGCCCUCCUCCAUCCUGGUCCUCCACUCACCAGAGGACUUGGGCCGCUUCUCCCACCCUGCCUGCCUCUACCUUAACUACUCCUUUCAUUUAAGCUCAGGGUUAACCAGAUGUUCUUAGAUAAG